AUGACCCGAACUCUAACCGGUUCUUCUCGAUCUGCAAAGAUCACUGACCCAGUUUUACGUCUGCAGGUGCCUUCAGUCUUCAUGCAUCGUGUUUUUGUUUACGGCUCCCUAAAGAGGGGCCAACCCAAUUACUUCUACAUGACAGACAGCCGUUACGGAAAGGCCGAGUUCCUCUGUACCGCCGUCACCAUUCAGAAGUAUCCACUGGUGAUCGCUACCAAGUACAACAUCCCCUUCCUCCUCAACCUCCCAGGCCAAGGCAACAGAGUCCAUGGGGAAAUCUACCAAGUGGACGUAAAGAUGCUUGAAUUCCUCGACAGUUUUGAAAAUAUCCCCACCAUGUACCAGCGGACUGUGGUGGAGCUGGAAGUCAAGAUGGCGGACGAAGAGGGGAAGCUGUCGCCUGGAAGCAUCAUGGAGGCGUUUGUGUAUAACACCACCACCUACCAACCAGACUGGCCAUCACUGCCCACCUACGACAACUACGACUCUAACGGAGACCAUGGACUAAAAUUUAUGCUGAGGGAAGACAGACAGUGGGCUUCAAUUGAGUGAUGCUCAUAACUUCUAUUCCACAGAAUCAGUCAGUCUUGAACACAGGGAAUAUGUUUCGCAAUUGGAUGUGUGGAAAGUCAAGAAACCCGUUGUAAUCUGUCAAUAUUUAGAAAGUUUACCUCAUGUUAUGUGCAAAUCAAUAAGAUGAUUUAAUAUGAAAUGAUAACAUGAUGCAUUAAUGCUGCAGUUCAUCAAGUCAGAGGACUCCAAAGUGCUUUACUUUCAUUCAUAUACAGAAUGAGGUGAGGUUCAUUGUAGUUUAUUGUUAACCAUGUUUUCUAUAGAGUGGUUUUAUCGGGAAAAGCAACAAGACGAAAAGUCAUACUGUUGCAAAACAUACAAUUAGCAAUAAUUAAAGCUGUAUGUCUGAAGUUAUUGACAUAAUGACAAAGUGGAAAACAGUAAUUUAAUCCAGAUUGUCCAGGUAAGAUCUCGGACAAAGGAGUAUUCCAGAAAUUGGAGACAAAAUAAUGUAAAGAAUCCCACAAAUGUGACAAAUAAAUGAUAAAUGUUUCUGAUCCAUUUGGAUCACAUGUAUGACUUGUAACACCUGAUCAUUUUCAGGA